CGGUCAGUUUGCAUUAUAUUUUAUCAGGUUUAACAGAAGACAUUUUUGACCCACUGAGACAGUUAGUUCAGUAUAAGGAACUGAGCAGGACAGUGAAAUCGUUACAAUGAAAAUGUAUCAAAUUGUCUUAUUAACUUAUGUAGUUUUAAUAGCUUUUGUGUUGAUUGGUACCGGUGAUGCGAAUAGUGAAAGAAGUCAGAGAGUGAAGAGAUAUUUAAGUUUUGAGAAUAUUUCUCAUUUUUUCUACCGUCUGAAUUUCAAAGCCAACAUGGUGCCCUGGAACCAAAUAUACGCCUACGCGCUGGGGUUCCGUAUGAACUGGGACGAACCACCCGACUCUUUCCAUCCCUACCACCACCUGCAUCGGAGAUCAGUGUACGGCAAUCUGGAAACACUGCUGGACAGAAACGGUCUCAACGGGUACCACUGCAUUCGACGCGCUAUCUGCGAGACGCAAAUGCUACUGAAGCCUACGGGGGUGUACUUCAAUAUACUUAAAAUGGUUUUCCGGAAGCAGUCUUCGGCUACUGAGAAAUGGCAUAACGUGACUGAGGAGGGAUGUCAACAGUCAAUCUCAUCCUGCCCCUUUAGUUUGUUCGAAGUGUCGACGUACACUGACUUAUGA